GAGUAAAGGUCCGGGCCGCUGAAGCCCUGUGUCGGGGUGUGACAGUCAAAGGCCGAGCCCAGGCCGCAGACAUGGUUUUGGUCAACUGAUGUUCGCAGAUGGUGGCACCUACCUGGGUCAUUUUGAGAAUGGGCUUUUUAAUGGCUUUGGGGUACUGACCUUCUCAGAUGGCUCAAGGUAUGAGGGGGAGUUUGCUCAGGGCAAGUUUAAUGGCGUUGGAGUCUUCAUUCGACAUGACAACAUGACCUUUGAGGGGGAAUUUAAAAAUGGCAGAGUAGAUGGUUUUGGCCUGCUGACUUUCCCUGAUGGCUCUCAUGGAAUACCCCGCAAUGAAGGUCUUUUUGAGAACAACAAGCUGCUGCGGCGUGAGAAGUGUUCUGCAGUCGUCCAGCGGGCCCAGAGUGCCUCCAAGUCAGCCAGAAACCUCACCGCCUGAUGGGGCACUGGGCACCAGCUGACAAGUAUUGGGUAAAGUCAGCUCUCCUGUUGUUGAUUUGAGAUAAACUAAUGAACCAGACCUGAGAUGAGAUGACAACGACCAUGGAGCGGAAGCCUGUGAUGCGCUCUGUCACUUGCCAGUCAGGAAUUUGAUUAUGGAAGAGAGCUGAGGAUUCUGGCCCAUAGACCCAGCCAUGGUUGUUAGCACUUGUGUCUCCUGUGUCUUUCCCUGACCCUAUUUGCUAGAGGAUAGAGAAGCUGCCUUUUCUUGUUGACUCUCUGUUCCUAAGACCUUGGGUUACCCGGUGUCUUCUG